GAUUAGCCAUCUAGUAACCGAUAAGAAUGUUUUCCCAUUUAGCACUCCAGAUCGAAUAUAAAUAGGCGCAACUGAAACAAACCCUCAAUAACUGCAGUAAAGUUGUCUAGUCGAUUUCAUCCAUAUAAACAUGUCUAAACUUCUAGUUUUUGUCAGCAUUUCAGUUGCAAUUUUCUGCCAAUUUUCAGAUGUGAACGCUUCUGGAAAAGACGACGCUAAAAAGGCUUUCCAUGAGUUAAUGGAAGUGAUUGACAAAGCUUUGACCGAUGCUCAAAAGACACUCGACAAGGCCGUAGAGCAAUUUCAAGCUGCCGCUGCUAAUUUAGAAGAUAAAGCUAAAGCUGAGCUGGAUACAACUUUGGAGCCUUUGCGAAAGAAGCUGGAUGAUUUAGUGAACAAGGCAAAAGAAAAUGGUUUUGAUAUAAGCAAAUGCCAGAAUUACAUAGACGAUUUCUCCAACACUCCAGACAAUCUUGUUAACAACUUGGUGGGUUGUAUCAAUACACAAGUUACUGAUGCGCAGAAAGCGGUGACUGAUGCGCUAAACCAGAUGAAGCAAAUUGAAGAAGAUCUUAACACUAUUGAUACGGAUAUCGAUAAUUGCAGUGGCAGCAAGUGGACGCAAGCAAAGUGCUACGCGAAAAUAAUAGCGAAAAUUGCAAAAGAUACCAAAGACGCGCCUGAGAAAAUUGUCGCUGAUGUUGGAAAGGUCACUUUGUUGAUUAGCAAUCUGAUUCCAGCUCUCGAGGACUGUUUUACGAGUAAGCUGAAAAAGGCUGGAACAGACGCUGCGGAGGACGUUGCUAAGUUCGGAAUAUGCGCAGCUGUUUAAAAUUUAAGUAGAUUUUAAUUAGGCAAUAUAAGUAUAUUGAGUUGUAUUUAGAAAUAAAAAAACUGUAUUGUGUUCAAA